AUGAAAAGACUUUUAGGAGUAUGGGGUUUUCUCGUAGUUUGUCUUUUAGCUGCUGGUUCAGUAUCUAUCGUAUUUGCUAUCAUGUUCCAAAGACCUGGACAAUUGAUAAUGAAUUUGAUCGUUUCUAAGAUGGAUGGGAAUAUCGGGAUAGCUUUAGGUAUCACAUAUCUCCUCACUGUCCUUUUAGCCAUUCCUGCUAUUCUACAACCACCUGCUAAUCGUACUUUAUUGAAAGUGUUGAAUUGGUGGUUGGUAGGAUUAGCCAUAGAAACUGUCAUCUUGGGCAGUAUAGUCUGGUUCUUUUCUCUUCGUCAACGAUCUGAAUUUUCCGUGAUAUGGGAUCAACAAUCAGCUACUAUUCAACAAGCUUUACAGGAUACUUUUAGUUGUUGUGGUUAUUGGAAUGGAACUGCCUCUGGUCAAUUUACCGUCCAACAAGGUUUCUGUGCCGAUGCGACGUUUGCUGCUAAUCAAACUGGUUGUGUUACACCUAUCACCGCUUCCACAGCUCCUGGUUCAGACUUUACAUUGAACAACAUCUUCACUUCGAUCUACGGGUUCGAAGCUAUCAUUGUGGCGUUGUUCAUGGCUACUUCUUGUGUCAUCAAUGAGCGUCAAGUCCAAGUCCGUUUCGAACGUAUCGAUGCCAAACGCGGUGGUGGCGGAUUUGUGUGA